UAGAAAGCACAAAGAGGAAGUUGUUGUCAAGUGUAGUGUAGCACUAACAGCAUCAAACACUCAGAAAUGCCUCUACUUUUCUCCUUUAAAGCCGUGAACAUUUAAAAAACAACUCUGGAGGAAGCCGUCGCCUUGUUGGAACUGUAUCUAGUUGUAAUGAUAAUUUCGUUUUCCUGGGCUAUCUAUUUUAUCUUCGUGUCGAAGCCGCUGUUUGGGAAAAACUAGCUGCCGCCAGCGAUGGCUCGAUGACACAGACUGCACUGCAGCAGGUGUUUGACUGAACACCGCCCAGCUUCUUGCGUUAGUGAAGGAGUGACGAGGACAAAUGGAUUUCUCCAAGUUCCUGGACGAUGAUUUUGAUGUGAAAGACUGGGUGAAUGGCGCCUUCAGGGUGGUGCAGAAGGACGCGCCGGGGAAGGCGGACACACACGCAGCCACACUGGUGAUGAAACUGCAGCUGUUCAUCCAGGAAGUCAACAAUGCCAUUGAGGAGAGCAGUAAUCAGGCCCUCCAAAAUAUGCCCAGAGUACUGCGAGAUGUGGAGGCGCUGAAACAGGAGGCUUCCUUCCUCAAGGAGCAAAUGGUUCUGGUCAAAGAGGACAUCAAGAAGUUUGAGCAGGACACUGUGCAGUCUAUGCAGGUCCUGGUGGAGAUCGAUCAGGUGAAGGGCCGCAUGCAGCUGGCAGCUGAAGCUCUGCAGGAGGCGGACAAAUGGAGCACGCUGAGUGCAGACAUUGAGGAAACCUUCAAAACACAGGACCUUGCAGUAAUUUCCUCCAAGCUGACCAGCAUGCAGAACAGCCUGGCCAUGUUGGUGGACACACCGGACUACUCUGAAAAGUGUGUCCACCUAGAGGCUCUGAAAAACAGACUGGAGGCCCUGGCCAGCCCGCAAAUAGUCGCAACCUUUAAUUCCAUGUCGAUAGACCAAGCCAAGCUGUUUGUUAAAGUCUUCACAGAGAUAGAUAGAAUGCCACAGCUGCUUGCCUACUACUACAAGUGUCACAAGGGCCAGUUGGUGAGCAUGUGGCAGGAUCUCUCUCAGAGCGAGCUCAGUCUGAAUCAGCAGCUGUCUGAAUUCUACGACACUUUGCUCUCCUCGUGGCACUCUCAACUACAGUGGAGCAGCCAGGUGUUCAAGAACCCGUAUCAGGUGGUGACAGUGUUGCUGAUCCAAACACUGGGAGCCAUGGUCCCAUCCAUCCCUGUGUGCUUGAGCACGGCCGUGGAGCGGGCAGCCCAAGAGCAGCGUCUCGACACCCUGCUGGAACUCCAUCACACCACAUCCACCUUCGCACGCAGCCUGGAGGCCGCCAUGCUGCCGCACCUGGGUGAGAAUAAUUUGCUGAAGGUGAAUGAGCUGGUCUGUGCGCUGUACGACCCCUACAAACCUUAUCAACUACAGUAUGGAGAUCUGGAGGAAGCUCACCUUCUUAUCCAGAUCAGUGCUGUACCUUUGGAACACGGGGAGGUAAUUGAUUGUGUGGAAGAGUUGAGCCACUCUGUUGGCAAGUUCUUUGGGCUGGCCAGCGCUGCUGUGGACCGCUGUGUCAAACUGACUGAUGGCCUGGCCGUGUGUGGUCUCCUCAAAGCCAUCAAAGCCCUCUUCACCAAGUAUGUGUCGGACUUCUCCACAACACUGCAGUCCAUCAGGAAGAAAUGUAAACUGGAGGAUACUCCAAGUUCAUCUGUUUUCCAAGAGGACUGGACAGCCUUCCAGAACUCUGUCAGGAUUAUUGCCACUUGUGGAGAAUUACUUAGACAAUGCGGUGCCUUUGAGCAGCAGCUGUCAAACAAAAUCCUGGGCACGGCAGGUAAGUACUUGUCAGAGUCGUACAGCCCACGCAGCCUGGCAGGCAUCCAGGAGGCCAGCUCCACAGAGAGGAAGAGCGCCACCAAGAACCCCUGGCAGGAAUACAACUACCUUCAGAGGGGAAACAUGGCCGAGUACAACAGCCUGAUGGAAGUCCUCUACUCACUAAAGGAGAAGGGAACAGGUAACUCCAGCCUGUUAGCAGAGCCCAGAUCUGCUCUGACCAGACUGAACCAGCAGGCCAACCAGCUGGCCUUCGACUCUGUCUUCCUGCAGAUCAAACACCAGCUCUGCCUUGUCUCCAAGAUGGAGAGACAAGAGGCACCUGGUUUUGGAGAGCGCUACACAGAGGACCUGCCUACUUUCAGCCUGUCACCGCAAGAAUACAUUACAAAUAUUGGGCAGUACCUGAUGUCUCUGCCUCUCCACUUGGAGCCAUUUGUGACUCAGGAGGACCCAGCACUAGAGAUGGCGCUACAUGCUGGGAAGCUGCCUUUCCCUCCAGAGCAAGGUGAUGACCUUCCCGAGCUGGACAACACAGCGGACUACUGGCUGGGCUCCAUCGCUCGGGCGACCAUGCAGACCUACUGUGACGCCAUCCUGCUCAUCCCCCAACUGAGCACACAUUCCACCAAACAGCUGGCCACAGAUAUUGACUACCUGAUCAAUGUGAUGGACGCUCUGGGCCUGCAGCCCUCCCGCGGCCUGCAGCACAUCGUCACCCUGCUGAGGGCCAAACCGGAAGAGUACAGACAGACCGCCAAACUGCUGCCUCGUCGCCUGGCCUCCACCAUCGCUGCCCUCCGGUGCAUCGACUACUAACAGCGAUAGACUCUGUAGUGGCUCUCAGAGCAGCACAGGGGGCACAUAGGCAUGCUUGACCCAUUCCCAGGUUGUUGAGAAAAUGAAGAAAGAAUGUGAUAUCAAACGUAGUUGGUUUACAUGUUACAUCCCCUUAAGUCUCAAGUUUGGGGCUGCAGCAUUGGAAUUCCAAAUGGGAUUUAUGGGAAUGUUAAGAGAUUUAAAUCAGGGUGGUUCAGACUUUUUUUAUACUGAUUAAUGUUGAGUGAUUUCUCUCCAGUGAUAAUGCCUUCAAGUCAAGACAAGGGCGGAAACUGUCUUGACUAUACAUCUUUAAGUUCUGCAUUUUUAAGUUUUAAGCAUCAUAAGAAUUAACAAAAAUGUACAUCAGGGGAUAUAUGUGAGAGCAUUUGCAAUCUAUAUGGCUGAUAUAUUUGUUGUUAAUUAUUUCUCAUACUAAUAUUAUUCAUCUAGGAUAUUAAAUUAUAUUAAGGUAAUAUUUCUGAUACGAGCUGCAUUGUUUUCUGUUAACUGAGCUUUACAUUCAGCAGUUUAUGUAAAGGUGAAGGUUUGUGUAGUAGGGGCUGGACAAAUAAUAGGCAUAGUCUCCAUGCCUGCAUCUUUUUCCAUGCAGUAUUGUGAAAAUCUGUACAUAAAACAUUGAUCAACACUAUGGAGCCUAUUGUGUUACUUUUCAUUAAACUAUUUUUAUUCUUUAGAUGAAUGAGAUUGUAAUGUAAUCAAUCUAGUUUAAUAAAUGUAUGGCCUUUUAUGAUAAAUCCUUCUUUCAUAAUCCCA